CCGUAGUCGCAGACGGUUGCCUAGCAACAUCUGAACACAAGUAGAAGUUUUGGAAACGGAACGUUCAUUUGAGAAAUGGCUGUGUCUUUCUCGAACACUACCAUGAGAGUUCCUACUGGGUUUGCCAGAAUCCUAGAGGGACUAACCAGAGAGGUACUAAGAGAUCAGCCUGAAGACAUCCCUACCUUUGCUGCACAAUACUUUACAGCACUUCUUCAGAAAAGAGAGGAAAAUGGCUUUGAUCCAGCAGAGGGGGGUGCACAGACGCAGCACAGGUUUUCCAACAAUGACACCUUCAAUGAUACAGUAAACCAGGAAAAGUGCAGCCCAGCUAAAGAAACUGGAAAUUCUGUAUAUGAAGACCGAGAUUUUCAAGCCGACUCGGUUGAAAAUAUUGAAGACAAAAUUACCCAGCCUGCACAGACCUCCUCCCCUUCACCUGAGACCCUUGAUACCUCUAAAGGCAUUGUGGAUCUAUCAAAUCUACAGCCAAACAAUGAGCUAAAUGAAUCUGAAGAUGAAUCAGGAGAGACUGAUUCUGAGCUUAACCUGGAGUUUUCAUACAGGAGAACUGCAGAUGUUGACAUAUGUGCUGAAGAGCUUAAAGCUAUGGAAAUGGCUGAGGAAGAAACGAUUCAAAAUAUACAGGAGGCUGCCAGCAUCAGUGAAGCAAAUGAAACAGCAGAAAAAGAUCUCGAUCCUGUAACGUUGUCAUCAUAUCGUGGUCUCGCAGAUAUAGAUGUGUGUGCUGAAGAACUGCAGUCUACUUUGCAGGAGGAAGAGCAUACAGAGGACAGCGAAGAUAGAAUGCAGACUGAUGCAGGUUUUAUUCCACAUUCAGAAAGUCCAGACCAUGUCCUAGUCGAACAAGGUGUCCUAGAUACCCAUGAAGAAUGCACUCAGCCUGGUAUUGAGACUACUUUAUAUGUUGAACAGGAUGUUGAUAAAGAAAUAAAUAACAUUUCUUAUAAUGAAAUAACUGUUGCUUCUCCUGUUAAAGAGGACAUAAUAGUAGAGACUGGUCAUCUUUCUGAGGGUGUCGGUGAAAUGACUAACACUUUGUUUGAUGAUGCUAGCCCAGAAAUUCUUAAUGUUGAUCCGCAUCAUCCCAACGACGGAGCUGAAAGUAUCAGUCUGUCAGAAGAAGUGAAAACUUUUGAUGAAAAUGAGCAAGCAAAUGACAUUUUGGCAGCUGAUGCUAUGAGUGAAUCAUCAUUCAUUCUAGAAAAAGGCAGUCUAGCAGACAGGAAGAACAAGGAUACACCAGGACUGGAGGAUAUGGUGAAUGUAGCUUCUGAAGUCCAGGAAGAAAAUAACAAUUGUGAAAGUUUCACUGAUGACACUCCUGCCACUGAUGACAGAGAUGUUAUGCAGGAAGAUCAGACACAUGAUGACACUGACCGCGAAGAUAUACCUAAAAUGAUCACUGUGGGGGAUAUGGAAGGCCUGGAGGACAGUAACCUUAAUCCCAUUGGCAUUUCAGAUGAGGACAUGAACAAAGAUGACACCAGAACAUCUCAGCAGGAUGUAAAUGAGGUCGAGGAAACCAGUGAAAUUGAUGAAGGAAAUUAUAGUGUGAAUGCACCUGAGACACAGGAAGACAAUUUGUUUUUUAGUACAUUUACCCAUGAAUCUAAAACAUCCGAGGAAACUGAGCAGGACAUGGAGGUCAACUAUAAACAAUCUGCUACAGAUUCCCACGUGCUCACAGAGGAACCUGAGCUAGCAACAGAUUAUAAACAGUCUGAACAACAAGAUGACAACAUCCAUGAAUCCAUACUUGAAAGUGAGAACAAGGAGGUGGACCAACAGGAGGAGAGCAGCCAGCCACAGGAGGAAGAGGACAUCAUGGACAUCCCCCUGGAUGACCCAGAGGCCAACAAGGCAGCCGCCAAGAUUCAGGCUGGGUUCCGUGGCCAUAUGACCCGGAAGAAGUUGAAACCCGGUGAUAAACCCGGGGAGGAGGUGAGCAGCACUGGUGAGACGCUCAACGGAAGCCAGGGGGACGCAGCAGGAGGAUCAGAAGGAGUAGAGACAGAUGAGACGUCUGUGCCAGAGCAGUGAGGAUUCUUCACUCUGGGGACAGCAGUUCCUGGAGACAUACCUUUUUAUUUAGAGACAAGCAGUAGUUGUAGGUUGGAUCUCUCGUCUAAAUUAUGAUCGUUCCUUCUUAAUUAUUCAUUCAAUCUCUGUUUCUCUCUACCUAUUUCUCUUUUUUCGUUCUUUUUCCCGCUUUUAAUCCAGUCUAACAAGAAAUAACUGUCCCAAACCAGCAUGCAUUUGCAUCUCACUGGGCAUGAACUUGGUGCAUUUGUAUUCUUCCUGAUUGUGUGCUAGUCCAAAUGUUGGUGUGAAAGCGACAAGGAAUGCCCGUAAGAGUUUAACACGUACUGCUCGACUCAGUAAUAUUUUAGACUUGAAAUGAUGUAUCACAGCUGUUUUUUGUAUUUGCUGUUUGCUUGAAGGUUUGCCUUAUCAUGGUGAUUAUCAUUAUGUAGUAUGCAUUAUGUCAUUAUGUUUAAAUACUUUAGGAAUUUGUGAGUGUGUUUGAUUGUGUGCGCGAGUGUGCGUGUAUAUAAUUUAUUGAAUGCUUUCUAUAUUUAUUGCUGUUAUGAAUCUGCUUUAUAAUCUGUUAAAUGUUUGCUUUGCUCCCUUUAAUAUUUAACUUCUCUGUAGAAUCAGAUGAAAAAAGAAAUCAGAGCUUCCAAAACGGCAGUUAGCAUGGCUGGCCUUCUGUUCUUUCUUCUUUUUUUAAAUAAUCAAAUUGCUGUAUUUCAAGGAGUUUAAGAAUUUUGAUUUUACUAGGAAUGUAUGUUUUAUUAAUGGUUAUAAAGAUCAUCUUGCAUGUAAACAAUGGAUUAAAGCAUCAACAGUAAACUGAAUAAAAAGCUCUGAAAUGUA